CUACGUAAUCGACGGAGCGACGGCCCUGUGGUGCGCUGCGGGCGCCGGACACUUUGAUGUGGUUCGCCUCCUCCUGAGCCACCGCGCCAACGUGAACCACACAACCAUCACCAACUCCACGCCUCUACGCGCCGCCUGCUUCGACGGACGCCUGGACAUCGUGCGCUUCCUGGUGGAGCACAACGCCGACAUCCGAAUCACCAACAAAUACAACAACACCUGCCUGAUGAUCGCCGCGUACAAAGGGCACGCUGACGUCGUCCAGUUUCUGCUUGAACGCGGCGCCGACCCCAACGCUAAGGCGCAUUGCGGGGCGACCGCUUUGCAUUUCGCGGCAGAAGCGGGGCACCUUGAGAUCGUGAAGGAGUUGGUGCGAUGCCAGGCCAACAUGGUGGUCAACGGGCACGGGAUGACUCCUCUGAAAGUGGCGGCGGAAAGUUGCAAAGCGGAGGUCGUGGAGUUGUUGCUGGAACACGCCGAUUGCGAUGCAAAGAGUCGUAUCGAAGCGUUGGAGCUACUCGGCGCUUCCUUUGCAAACGACCGCGAGAACUACGAUAUCCAGAGAACGUAUCAUUACCUGCACAUGGCGAUGAUGGAGAGGCAUCGCGAUCCAAACAACGUUAUCGUGAAGGAGCUUCUUCCUGUCAUCGAGGCGUACGGCGGGCGAAGCGAGUGUCGUACGAUGUCGGACCUCGAAGCCAUCAGAGUGGAUCGAGACGCGCUACACAUGGAGGGUUUGAUGAUACGAGAGCGCGUUCUCGGCUCCGAUAACAUCGACGUGUCUCAUCCGAUCAUCUACCGCGGCGCCGUCUACGCCGACAACAUGGAGUUCGAGCAGUGCAUCAAACUGUGGCUUCACGCGUUGAGGUUGCGGCAGAAAGGCAACCGCAACACGCACAAAGAUCUGCUUCGCUUCGCCCAGGUGUUCUCGCAGAUGGUGCAUCUGAAAGAGCGCGUUGUUGCGCCGAGCGUGGAGCAGGUGUUGAGUUGCAGUGUUUUGGAGAUCCAACGCAGCAUGGCGAGGGUUGAAACCGCCACCGAGGCAGAACUACCGUCGGCGCUGGACAACUACGAGUCCAACGUGUUCACCUUCCUGUACCUCGUCUGCAUUACGACGAAGACAAACUGUGGCGAGCAGGAUCGCGCGCGCAUCAACAAGCACAUCUACGACCUGAUCCAGAUGGACCCUCGUUCUCGUGACGGCGCGUCUUUGCUUCAUCUCGCCAUCAGCUCCAGCACGCCGGUGGACGACUUCCACACCAACGACGUGUGCAGUUUCCCGAGCGCUCAGGUCACGAAGCUGCUGCUGGAUUGUGGCGCGCCGGUGAACGCCGUGGAUCACGAGGGAAACACGCCGCUGCACGUCAUCGUUCAGUACAACCGGCCAAUCAGCGACUUCCUCACGCUGCAUGCCAUCAUCAUCAGCCUGGUGGAGGCGGGCGCGCACACCGACAUGACCAACAAGCAGAAGAAGACGCCGCUGGACAAAAGCACCACGGGCGUGUCGGAGAUCCUGCUGAAGACGCAGAUGAAGAUGAGUCUGAAGUGCCUGGCGGCGCGCGCGGUGCGGAGGCAUCGCAUCACGUACCGCAACCAGAUCCCCAAAACCCUGGAGGAGUUUGUGGAGUUCCACUGAGCUCUUUCUUCAGAGACUCUUUCUAACUGACACUGAGAACGAGAACCAGGCGCCCGCCAAGAGCUUUUAUUAAUACAAAAAACAUGUCACUUUUUUUCUAUUUUUAAGUAUUAAUCUCUAAGAAGAAGCAGCAGCAGCUGAGAGGACGCUGCUGCAGGGUCUCUGCCUUAUCUGCCCGACGACAGCCGCCAUUUUCCUUUGAGAGAGAGGGUGAGAGAGUGAGAGUGAGAGGGUGAGAGAGUAAGUGUGUGUGUGUGUGUGUGUGUGUGUGAGAGAGAGUUUGUGAGUG